AUGCCUAUAUUUUUUUUAAUCUUUAUCCUUCUUGGUCAAUAUUAUCCCAAAAACCUUAUUGUUUUUCUUUUCUUUUCAUUUUUUUUUUUUUUUUUUUUGUCACACUUUCUCGGGUUGAAACUUCUUUCUUUUUUAUUUGUUUUUCUUUCUUUCUUUUUUUUUCUGCUUUUCAUGUCUUUAUUUUUGUCGUCUCCGGAAAUAGAUAUUUUAAUUUCUUUUACGCUAUUUCUUUUUAUUGUUGUUGAUGUUGACUUUUCUUCUUGCAAUCUUUUUUUUGUUUUCUCUUUUUUUUUUUUAUUUAUUUCCAUUCAUCCGUACUUACUUGUAACCUGUCAUUAUUUGGCUUAUUUUAACCUUAUUUUCUAUCAAUAUGUUUUCAUUCAUUUUCCUUCUUGCUCUCAUUUUUAUUUCAUCAAUUUAUUGUUCUUUCUAGUUUGCUUUUUUUAUUUUUCAUUCAUUUUAAUUCUUUCGAAAGUGUCGCAUUUUCUUUCAUUAUUUUUUAUUUUAAUUUCUUUCUUAAUUAUUUACUUUAUUUCUUGUAUUUUUCAUUUUCUCUUUUUUCUGAUUUUUUUCUUUCUCUUUUCUUCAUUAUUUGUUUUUACUUUUACGGAUAAAUCUUUCAUUUCUUCCUUUUUUUUCUUUAUUCUUUGA